AUGUCCGCCCCCUAUCCAGGCCGCCAGUCCCCCGAGCCAGAGCGACAGUCUGGCCCCCAGCUGAACGAACCCCCGUCCAGCGGCAAAAUCGCCGGCUCCUCGGUUCGCCCAGCCCCAGAGUUUUCUCAUGAGAAGGCCGAUCAAAGGGAUCAACCCCUCGAGAGCAAUCCGAAGCAUAUACUGGAGGACAUUGAGGCUGCCAAGUAUAAGAAAUGA